UAGCAACAAGGAUGACUUUUUCAACACCUAUAAAAGCGAAGACAACUUAGAGGAGGUUGAGAGUUAUUAUACAGAUAGCACGCAAACUGAUGAUGAGAAGUUGUUUUUUAACCUCUGGAAAGAUGUAUAUGAAGAAAUUCCCACCUCUGAAAUUAAUCAAAAUCCUAAACUUACCACUGCCAAAAUAGUUAACAA